CUCACUUUGCAGACGGUGAUAUCGUUGAAGCUCACGUUACGGCCUAUUAGGAAGUUUUUUCGAUUGCACUACCUAUCGAAGACUGUUUUCACGCGGUUUCUUGCGAAUAAAGAAUAGUUACGGCGGUGACACUGACGAAACGUCGAGGAGGGCAAUGACGAUCGAAUUGUAUGCGAUUGUGACGAGAGAACCUUGCAUCUUCAUCAGGAUGCUGACGAAGCAUAUAGGCCUUGACGUCAAGCUGAAGGCUCUGGAUUAUGGCAAGCAGGAACACCUGUCUGCCGAAUACGCCAAGAUAAGUCCUUUGCACAAGGUUCCAGCAAUCAACGAUGAUGGCUUUAUUUUGUACGAAAGCACUGCCAUCUGCUACUACUUGCUGAACAAGUAUGCUCCGGCGUCGCCACUCUAUCCGAGGGAGGUCGAGAAGCGCGCUCGUGUGGAUCAAAUCUUGUGCACUGUGGCAAGCUUUGUGCAGCCAGUUGCUUCAUCCUACAUCCGAGGCAGUAUCGUCAAGCGGAAAAAACUGACCGGAGACGACCUAAGAACGUUCGAGGCGACCGUCCUCUGUCCGUUGGAACAGCUGGUCGGCGAUAAAACGUUCGCUGUCGGUGACGCACUCACAGUGGCUGACAUUCGGCUUGUCUCCAUCAUGGCAUGUUUCGUGCCACUUCCUGUCGUGGACAAGUCUAGGUUCAGCAAAUUGGUUUCCUAUUACGAGCGAAUACAAGCCCUGGUUCCAAGUUUCCCCGAGGCAUGCGGCUGGAUGCUUGAAGAGCGCAGCAAGGAGUGGGAAACGUACGAAUAAACUACAUGCGCCACGAAGCAACUGCAUUGAUUGCGGCGCUUCUAUUCCAUCGAUCCUGUCAUUUCGGAAAUCUUGCUUUUGGCUUCGCUGAAAAAUAAUAAUCACAAGAACUGAGCAGCUUACUUAAAACAAUAACGUGUGGUUUAUCAGUAUAGGCUGGAAUGGUGCCGUUAUAGAAGCAUCUGACUUUUUUUAUUCAUGAGUAUCAUUGAGCGCAAUGGCACGGCCUAAUUUAUGUGCCAAUAUUACGCAUGGCUUGCGUACCGGGAAGCAAUUGUGAGUUCUGCAGUUCUGCAGUGGUGAGCAAUAGGACAAGAAAUGCCAAAUUCGUUUUUAAGCAACGAAUGCUCAUGAUAAAUGGGUUAAAAUCUGUCAUAAUAAACGCAACAAUUCGCUUGCUACCUAAAGAAUUCCUAUCAUUGAACGCUUUUAUGCGCGAUAUAAGUGUUUCGACCCCACGGCCACUUCAAAUUGAUUUCAUUGUUCCCUGCCAUUCUACUAUAUAGCGGGGGUGAGUUUGUAUAUCAUUAUAGGAGAAGUAUGAGGUGCAAUAAACUACUUAUUCUUAUCA